AUGGAGAAAUGCAUUUGUUUCAGAGAGUGGAGGUAAAUCAUCCUGUUUGCUUGGUUGGUUUGCUUUUGCAGGGCUUACACAGACCUUUCCCAAGAUGGUUUCCUCAAAUGAAUAUGGGUCGCACACCUGGGAGCUCUCACUGACAGUUGAUCAUCAACAUGAAGGCAUAGAAAAGGUACAAGUACUACACAUCACAGGGGACCUUCAUGUUGGAGGACUGAUGCUGAAAUUAGUAGAAAAAAUCGAAAUAGCACAAGAUUGGUCAGACUAUGCCUUUUGGUGGGAGCAGAAAAAAUGUUGGCUUCUGAAAACCCACUGGACACUGGAUAAAUACGGGGUGCAAGCAGAUGCUAAGCUGAUCUUUACUGCUCAGCACAAAAUGCUGCGGCUUCGCUUGCCAAACAUGAAGACUGUGAGACUGAAAGUCAGCUUCUCUUCCAUGGUGUUCAGAGCUGUCAGUGACAUCUGCAAAGUGCUCAAUAUCAGGAGGUCAGAAGAACUGUCUUUGUUGAAGCAAUCAGAAGGCACGCUCAAAAAGAAAAAGAAAAAAGACAAGAACAGCAAAGAACCAGCUACAGAAGAUAUCUUAAACCUGAACAACUCUCCAGUGAGUUCUGGAUUACCAGGCAAUGCAGGUUUAUACAGUAAAACCAUGACACCUGUUUAUGAUCCUGUCAGUGGGUCACCAGCUUCUUCCACAAUUACUUGGUUCAGUGAUGGUUCCUCGACUGAGCAGAACUGCAGCAUCCUGGCCCUCAGUCAUUCCACCUGUUCUCCUGAGAUGCUGGCAGAGAUGUACCAGCCACGGACUUUGGCUGACAAAGCCAAACUCAAUGCAGGCUGGCUGGAUUCCUCUCGAUCACUUAUGGAACAAGGUGUUGUGGAGGAAGAUCUGCUUCUUCUACGCUUUAAAUAUUACACUUUCUUUGAUUUGAAUCCAAAAUACGAUGCAGUGAGAAUCAACCAAAUCUAUGAACAAGCCCGCUGGGCCAUCCUGCUGGAGGAGAUCGAUUGCACAGAGGAGGAAAUGCUCAUCUUCGCUGCGCUACAGUACCAUGUAAGCAAGUUAUCAUUAUCAUCAGAGACACAGGAUUCCAUCUGUGAAUCAGAAGUAGAUGAAGUAGAAGCUGCCCUUUCCAAUCUGGAAGUGACACUGGAAGGUGGAAACAAAAGUAACAUUUUGGAGGACAUCACAGAUAUCCCAAAACUUGCUGAUAAUCUCAAGCUAGUUAGGCCCAAGAAGCUGGCACUCAAAGCUAUCAAGACAUACUGGUUUGUCUUCAGAGACACUUCAAUAUCUUAUUUUAAAAACAAGGAAUCUGCACAGGGAGAACCUGUUGAGAAACUAAACCUAAAAGGAUGUGAAGUUGUACCAGAUGUAAAUGUUGCAGCGAAGAAGUUUGGAAUCAAAUUACUAAUUCCUGUUGCAGAUGGCAUGAAUGAAGUAUAUUUAAGAUGUGAUAAUGAGGAUCAGUACGCUCGGUGGAUGGCUGCUUGUGUUUUAGCCUCCAAAGGCAAAACAAUGGCUGACAGCUCCUACCAGCAGGAGGUCCAAAAGAUCCUUUCAUUCCUCCAGAUGAAAAACUGGACCACGAGUUCCCAGGCUGCCUCUGAGCCAGAGAAUGUAGAUAUGAAACCUGAAUGCUUCGUCUCACCACGCUAUACCAAAAAAUUCAAGUCCAAGCAGCUGACUGCCCGUAUUCUGGAAGCCCACCAAAAUGUAUCCCAGAUGUCCCUGGUGGAGGCCAAGCUGCGUUUUAUCCAAGCCUGGCAGUCCCUCCCUGAGUUUGGUUUAUCCUACUACAUUGUAAGAUUUAAAGGAAGCAAGAAGGAUGAUGUGCUUGGGGUGUCCUAUAACAGGCUGAUACGGAUAGAUAUGGCCACAGGAGAUCCUAUCACAACGUGGAGGUUCUCCAACAUGAAGCAGUGGAAUGUGAACUGGGAAAUCCGCCAGGUUGCCAUCGAGUUUGACCAGAAUGUGUCCAUUGCUUUCACGUGCCUGAGUGCAGACUGCAAAAUCAUCCAUGAGUAUAUUGGGGGCUACAUCUUCUUGUCAACACGUUCCAAGGACCACAAUGAAACACUGGAUGAAGAACUCUUCCACAAAUUAACUGGAGGUCAGGAAUGAGAUGAAGUAAACUCUCUUCCCACUGCCUGCUUCUUCUUAUAGCUAAGACUACCAGAGAUGAAACAAAAAUAUCUCUGAUUGUUAAUUGCUGGCUACUAAUUAUUGUAAGUGUCUUGUACUAUGACUGGGACUGUUGACAGUUUUUGUUAAAUACUGAAGCUGAGGUCACUGGAUGCAGUAUGGCAACUCCAUCAUCAGUACUUGAGAAAAUUGAAUUGACUGUUUUUCUUUUGUACAGCUCAAUGUUUUUAAAUAAACAGUGUCUAGCCACUGGACAAGUUUUUUUUUAAUCUAGCAUUUUUAAUUGCAGCAAUCUGUUUAAGCAUUCAGAGCAAGUAGCUUGAGGAUAUGGUACAGUGAAUUUUCUUCUCUGUUACAGCCAGGCAACUUCCAUUGUUAAACUGGCCAUUGUUAAAGAGCCCAGCAUUUAUCAGAACUAAAGCUGAAUAAAUACAUAUUUUAAAGCUCCAUAGCUUGUCUAACACUUGCCCUGAGAACACAAAACAUUCCAAAGUCCUGAAGACUAAGCUAUUGAAACUCCUGUAGGAGUUACUCAGUUGCUCAAAAAUGUAGUACCCAUGUCCACCUUCAUCCACUGAAGUGGUUUCCUAAAGCCAGAGAAGCUGCAGAGCUUCUCUGCAAGCUUGCAUCUUGGCAAAACUGGAUGCAAAAGGUUCAUCUUUUGAGAAAUACUGUUACCUGGUUGAAAAAUGUGCUUUAGGAACUAUCUAAAGCUAUUAAAGAGGCCUUUGAGUGU